CCUGCUUUGUCAUUGGAAAAAACAGGGGAUUGUGGGACAUAGAGUUUCGACGUAGGUACAACUGGAUGUCUUUUCUCAAUGACAAAAUUAAUUGUAAUUUAAGCCAUGUACGCAAGUGUAAUUCCAAGUUACUUAAGCUGCAUGACAGACAAGUUUUCUUUCUGUCAGAAGUAGUAAAUUUAGACUGAUUUUUAGAAACAUUACAUCGGUAGGCCACAGGAAAGCCUCGGGCUCACGUAAUGCUGCUGGCCUGUUGAAUACAGGCUUUCAAUUACCAUUACGGAGGAAAAGGUGGGGAACGAACCCAUAUCGACGGAAUCAGCAUGUUGCUGGAUGUAAUACAAGGUACCGAAAAUGGAGGAUUCGUAAUAAUUCAAGACACGGUGGAGUGCUGUGGACGGCAGCUUCUCCAGAGCUGCAUCGCCGCUGCCCUGCAUCGGGAGGAGGAUGUCCACGUGCUCGCAUUUGAAGUUUGUGAAGAGGAUGUAAGACUGAGACUUGACAGGAAAUGCGAGCAAAGGCUGUGUGUCCACAAUGGCUACACCGACCCACUAGGCUGGUCUGAACAUCCACUUUUCACUGUUCAUCAGUUCAUAUCUGAGGAGCUCAAUGUCCACCUGAGUGGGUCGGAGGAGUCGAAACCAGCAACACUUGUCAUAGAUUCACUUUCCUGGAUUUUGAGGCACCACCCACCUGCUGUUGUCUGCCAGCGACUACAGGAACUCAGGAGAGGUGGAGCACUGAGGAGAGUGGUGGCAUUGCUGCACUGCGAUCUGCACCAACAGGGCAUCGUGGGUAGUUUGUGCCAUCUGGCUACUGCUGUUAUAUCUGUGGUACCAGGAGACAGGGGUCAGCAGGCCGUUGCCAAGACAACCAGACGUACCAAAUCUGGCAAGGUUACUCACGAGGAGGAGUACUUCAGUGUUAAGGAGGAUCUGACGGUCACUGUCGAAUCCCGGCCCAGCCAUCAUGGGCGUCCGCAGACUGAGGAAGACGAGCGUGAAGUAGAUCCUGCUGCCAACUUGACCUUUAACCUUCGCUUGUCCGAGGGUGAAAAAGAAGCCAAAGAAAAGUUGUCUCUUCCUUUUGUGUUCAGUGCAGAGAAGAAGUCUGCCCUACUUCAGCCUCGUCCUGGUUCAGGCCGAAUUGUUUACGAUCCUGAUGCCAGCGAUGACUUUGACCCAGAGGACCCAGAUGAUGACCUGGCUGUCUGAAAUUAUGGUGCUUCCCAAGCUGAAGCGGCCUGCUGCUUGUGAUCCACAGGCCUACUGUUAAUCUACAGCAAUGUUUCUUGACCCAGCCUCCAGGGACGCCAAGAUAGUCCAUAUAUUUUUCCUCCCUCCCAGCACACAAUCAAGAACAGCAAAUACCUGGUACAAGUGUGUUGGGAGAAGAGGGGGAGCAAAAAUGUGACUCGUCUGGGGGUCCAUGGGGACUGGGUUUAGAAACACUGAUCUACAGGAUUCAUGCAAAACAUAGAGGUUAUUAGUCCAGAAACGUACCACUUUUGUGUUGUCUGUAAUAAUUUAGACCGUAACACAGGUAUCUUAAUUCGUGUAACUCAGUUCAGGAUGUUUUCACUAUUUAUUUCUGCCUCUUUAAUUUCAUUGUUUUAUACUUAAAUUUAAGAACCAAGAUCAUAAAGUGAGGCUGAUGGAAUUUUGCUCUUAAUUUCUCACCCAGGAUGGACACCAGACAUCUUAUUUUGUUUGUAUGUGUAUUGCUAAAUAGAAAUUAUUAAAAAUGCUCCUCUGACA